AUGCCAUCUAAAAAAGAAGUUGAUGAAUUAUUGAAAAUGUUUCAUGAUAUAGAUAGAAAUAAAGAUGGUUAUAUUUCAAGAACAGAAUUAUUCACAAAGGUUGGCACUAAAUCUUUAGAUCGACAGAAAGUUCAUGAACUAAUUAAAUUGUUUGAUAUCAAUGGUGAUGGUUUGAUAAGUUUUGGCGAAUAUAAAUUGAUAUUGGGAUUGACAGGUCAAUCAAUCGAUGGUUGGAAACGUCUAUUUCGAAAAUUGGAUAAAGAUGGUUCAGGUACUUUGGAUUUUCAUGAAAUCUGUUCACUAUUUGGUGGGGAUAAUUCUUCUGAAGUGAGAAAAUCUGUUCGAAAUUACAUGAAACGAUAUGAUACUGAUCGAGAUGGACGACUUAAUAUUAGAGAAUUUUUAACAUUUGUUGCUGAACAAGCUGAACAUAGUGCAGUAUAA